AUGCCUCACCCUGUGACCCCGCCGUCCUACGGGGCCGAGCCUCCCUCGCAAGAAGUGGUUUCGUCGCUGCUCAACACUAUAUUCACGGCUUCCACGUCGUCUGCCUCUGUCGAUGCCAGCUACGGUCUGUGCGAGCUGCUCCUCAACUCGACCGGAUCCGCCGGCCUGUACCAGUACGGUGUCCUGGCCGAGAUCAGGAAGGCCGCCGGCGACAAGAAGAGUGCCACCAGGAGGGAGUGCAGCCAGAACCUUCUGGGAGCCAUCUUUGAGAGGUUCCCGCCGCGUGACCGCCUCGGCGAGGUCGUCGUCCUCGUCCGCGACGGCGGCAUGGUGGCCUGCGCUCUCGACUCUCUGUCGGACAAGGGCACCGCGGUGCGCGAGUCGGCCCAGUACGGCAUCGACGCCCUCUUCGGCAACCUCGCCGCCGAGGCCCUGGUGGCCGGCCUGCUGCCCGCCCUGAUCGAGUACCUCUCACGCAAGGCCAACAAGUGGCAGGGCACCGUCGGCGCCCUCAAGCUGCUCCAGCGCAUGGCCGACAAGUCCCAGGUCGCCAUCGGUGGCACCAAGGAGGAGGCCGCCGAGAAGGACCUCCUCCGCGAGUCCAUGGGUGCCCGCCUCGCCAGCCUCAUCCCCAUCGUCGAGAACGGGAUGCACGACCUCAAGACCGAGGUCGAGAAGCAGUCGGUCCAGACCAUGACCUCCCUCACCACCCUCCUGUCCAACGACGACGUCGCCCCCCGCAUCCCCCUCCUCAUCGACACCAUGCAGCACCCCUCCACCCAGACCCUGCAGAAGGCCAUACACGCCCUGUCCCAGACCACCUUUGUCGCCAUCGUCACCUCCCCGGUCCUCGCCCUCCUCACCCCCUUCCUCGAGCGCACCCUCAACACCCCGACCACGGCCCAGGAGGUCCUCCGCCAGACCGUCGUCAUCGUCGAGAACCUGACCAAGCUCGUCCACGACCCCAUCGAGGCCCGUACCUUCCUGCCCAAGCUCAUCCCCGGUGUCAAGGGCGUCUGCGACCGGGCGUCCCUGCCCGAGGUCCGUGGCAUGGCCGAGUCCGCCCUCGCCGUCAUGGAGAAGGCCAUGGGCAACGACCAGGACAUCGUCGCCCGCACCUCCCGCGAGGAUGUCGCCAAGGUCCUCGAGGCCGAGAUCGCCAAGGCCGGUGGCCUCUCCCCCGCCGCCCAGGCCCGGGGUGCCCUGGCUGACACCUAUGCUGCCGCCCGCCCCUACGUCUGCGACAUGGUGGCCAUUGACGCCAACUUCCGCUUCGUCACCCGGAUCGGCGCCCGCGUCGGCCCCUACCUCGGUGCCUUCCUCGAGACCCCCGGGGCCGCACAGCAGGUCGGCGACGCCGUCCAGGCCUUCUACGUCGCCGAGGACGAGCGCCGGUACGGCGUCCCCGAGAAGGAAGACGACGGCGAGGUCGAGAUCGUCAACGCCGACUUCUCCCUGGCUUACGGCGGCAGGCUUCUUCUGUCCCACGCCAACCUGCGCCUGCUCAAGGGUCACCGCUACGGUCUCUGCGGCCGCAACGGUGCCGGAAAGUCGACGCUGAUGCGCAGCAUCGCCAACGGCAAGCUCGAGGGCUUCCCUCCCCAGGACGUCCUGCGCACCUGCUACGUCGAGCACAACCAGGGCGAGGACGCCGACAUCAGCAUCCUCGAGUUCGUGUCCAAGGACCCCACCAUCGCGGAGCAGGGCGCGGAGCGCAUCUCGGCCGUCCUGGACGAGUUCGGCUUCACCACCGGCCCCGAGGGUCGCCAGGCCCAGCCCGUCGGCUCCCUGUCCGGCGGAUGGAAGAUGAAGCUGGCCCUGGCCCGCGCCAUGCUCCAGCGCGCCGACGUCCUCCUGCUGGACGAGCCUACCAACCACCUGGACGUUGCCAACGUGGCUUGGCUGGAGAACUACCUCAAGGCGCACACCGACAUCACCAGCCUGAUCGUGUCCCACGACUCCGGCUUCCUGGACAACGUCACGACGGACAUCUACCACUACGAGGCUAACAAGAAGCUCGCGUGCUACAAGGGCAACCUGUCCAAGUUUGUCGAGGUCCGCCCCGAGGCCAAGAGCUACUACACCCUGUCCGCGGCCAAUGCCCAGUUCAAGUUUCCCCCUCCCGGCAUCCUGACGGGCAUCAAGUCGCAGACGCGCGCCAUCAUCCGCAUGUCGAACGCUUCGUACACGUACCCCAAGGCGCCUAAGCCGUCGCUGUCGGACGUCUCCUGCCAGCUCAGCCUGUCGUCUCGCGUCGCCAUCAUCGGCCCCAACGGCGCCGGCAAGUCGACCCUCAUCAAGAUGCUCACGGGCGAGGUCAUACCCACCACCGGCAGGGUCGAGAAGCACCCCAACCUGCGCAUCGGCUACAUCAAGCAGCACGCUCUCGAGCACGUGGAGAUGCACCUCGAGAAGACGCCCAACCAGUACCUCCAGUGGCGCUACGAGAACGGCGACGACCGUGAGGUCCACCUCAAGCAGACGCGUAUCCUGUCCGACAAGGACCGCGAGCAGAUGGACAAGUGGAUCGACCUCGGCAACGGCAUAUCGCCUCGCCAGGUCGAGGCUGUCGUCGGUCGUCAGAAAUACAAGAAGACUUUCCAAUACGAAGUUAAAUGGCGUGGUCUCAUGCCCAAGCACAACUCUCAGGUGUCCCGUGAGACGCUGACGGAGUGGGGCUUCGAGAAGCUGAUCCAGGAGUUUGAUGAUCACGAGGCGUCGCGCGAGGGUCUCGGAUACCGUGAGCUGCAGCCGUCCGUCAUCUCGAAGCACUUUAACGACCUCGGUCUCGACCCCGAGAUUGCCAACCACAACGAGAUCGGCUCGCUGUCCGGUGGACAGAAGGUCAAGGUCGUCAUCGCCGGAGCGAUGUGGAACAACCCCCAUCUGCUGGUGCUCGACGAGCCGACCAACUUCCUGGACCGCGACUCCCUAGGCGGUCUGGCCGUGGCCAUCCGCGACUUCAAGGGUGGCGUGAUACUCAUCUCUCACAACGAAGAGUUCGUCGGCGCCCUGUGCUCGGAGCAGUGGCACGUCAACGACGGACGUGUCACCCAGCGCGGCAACGCGGCCAUCUCGGCGGACCGCUUCGAGGACGCCUCGGCCCCAGCCUCGGCCGUCCCCAGCACCGUCGCUUCCACGGCUGCCUCCUCGGCUGUCAGCUCGGCCGCCCCCUCCGGCGCCGAGGACAACGACACUCCCCUCAAGUUCAAGGCCCGCAAGAAGAAGAAGAUGACCAAGAAGGACCUCAAGGAGCGCGAGGCCCGUCGCCGCCUCAGGCACAUUGAGUGGCUCAACAGCCCCAAGGGCACGCCGCACCCGCCCGAUACGGAUGAUGAGCAGGAUUAG